AAAGAUCAUAUGAUUGUUCAAUGAAGAAGCACGUCUGAUAGGCGUCGACAUACUUUUUCUAGCCAGUAUUUUAAUUUCUGGCUCAAUAUCAGCCGUUUUCGUGUCAGUGGUGUUAAAAAAUAACCAUCAGCCAUGGCGCUCAGCGAUGCAGAUGUUCAAAAACAGAUCAAGCAUAUGAUGGCCUUCAUCGAACAAGAAGCCAAUGAAAAGGCUGAAGAAAUCGAUGCCAAGGCGGAGGAAGAAUUCAACAUUGAGAAGGGCCGUCUGGUGCAGCAGCAGAGGCUCAAGAUCAUGGAAUACUAUGAAAAGAAGGAAAAACAAGUUGAACUCCAGAAAAAGAUCCAAUCGUCGAACAUGCUGAACCAAGCUCGUCUGAAAGUGCUCAAAGUGCGUGAAGACCACGUGCGCAAUGUACUGGACGAGGCUCGCAAGCGCCUGGCUGAAGUCCCCAAGGACACCAAACUGUACUCUGACCUCCUUGUCACACUUAUUGUGCAGGCUCUCUUCCAGCUGAUGGAGCCAGCAGUGACCCUCCGCGUGCGACAGGCAGACAAGUCGCUGGUGGAGUCUCUGCUCGGCAGAGCUGCACAGGACUACAAGGCAAAGAUCAAGAAGGAUGUGCAACUGAAGAUCGACACUGAGAACAAUCUGCCACCUGAAACUUGCGGUGGUGUUGAACUCAUCGCUGCCAGGGGUCGCAUCAAGAUUUCCAACACCCUCGAGUCUCGUUUGGAGCUGAUCGCAGCCCAGCUGUUGCCAGAAAUCCGUACCGCCCUGUUCGGACGCAACCCUAACCGUAAAUUCACCGACUAAACACCAACGGUGAAUAUUACACACUUGUUAUUUCUAACAACUUAUUUAAAACAAAUAUAUAUUAACUUAGAAAUUUAAAAUAAAUGUUACAAUAAGUGUUUUUUCCUUUGCCUAUUUAAAUAAUAUGAUAAUUAUAAUUAAUAUUGUAAUGCGUACAAUUUUAUCGCCGUCUAGAAUGUAAAGGAAAAUAUUAAAGUCGUCAGAAAGUUUUGUGUCGUCAUGUCGUUAUACUAAUGCCUGGCUUAUAUUCAAAUAAAGAAUACAUAUUACUAUAUAUUAAAUCAAAAUGCAAGAAGAUUCUUUACAAAAGGUUUACCAACUCGCUUUAGUUAAGAAUACCUGUAGGUUUAUGUUGUACUAUUUUUGAUAUUAAAACUAUUGUCGUGCAAUUGUUCUUCAAGAUGAGAGCUUUGGUAAGGAUAUCUCAGGCAUAGCUCUCAUCAAGCAGCAGGCAUAGAAUCAAAUCAAAAAUAUUACAGCAUACAAGGUCAACAUUUUAAUAAAACAAAAUCACUAGACCACAGAUUAAAAAUAAGAUCAAAAAGUGAAGAUAACAAACACUACGUCAUUUAAAAAAAAAUCUGAUUACACCUGUGUAUUUGUAGUUCUGAGUGCCAAUGCCAUAUAAUUUUUUUUUCUAGUCUGUGGUCUAUAAUGAACAUAUCCAUUUGCGGCCUACAAGGACUUGUAUCCAAGGCCGUAAAAUAAAUUUAAAAAAAAUGAAAUCUAUUUGCAAUAGUACUUCUUUACACAGCCUAGUAUAACUGUUUCUACUUGUAACUGUACGUUAGUUUCGCCUUAAAUAUAUGUCUGUAUGCGUACGUUAAAAAUGUUUUAUUAUUACAAUUCAUUCACGUUAAUAAUAUACUUAUAUGUAUUUUAUGUAUUUUAGAUGUAGUGUAUAGGAUUUUUGAAAACAAAAUGUAUUAAGAAAUAAGUAACCUUUUAAAGUCACAUACUAUACAAUAUGAUGUAUGAAAGUAAAGUUGUGUCCACACCUUUAUCCGUACAGUAUUAAUGAAGCACAAGGAACACCACUUUGUAGUGUCGAAGUGAUGAUUCGUGUAUAUUAAAAUAAUUAUAAAAUUAUAUUAUUCGUGUAAUUUUCAUGUUAAAAUAUUCAAGAUUAAUGUUUUAAGCUUUCUACAUGUUUAUAUGUUUUGGAAGGAAUUUUUGACAAUUGUGAGAUUUUAGUUUGACAGCAGCAUCCUAUGUUAUGCUCACUUAAAUCGAGACAAAGAUUUGACUGGUCGUAGUGUAGUGUCAAAUUGGAACCUUACAGUUUGUCAACAUUCCUUUUCCAUUCUUCCUGGCAAAUAUGUUUUGGCUUGCAUUUGAAUACAUAAAGAGCACUGUAGCUCUGAACAGUUAUAUAUAUUAUAUAUAUCUAUGAUUCCAAUUAUUGCACUGUUAAAUUUCUUAUGUAAAUAUAUAGAUGUGUUAAAA